CACCGUCUUCGGUUCAGUCUUCUGACACCGUUCGUCUCGGUCGCACGUCUCACGUUCUGCCCGUUCGCGUACACGCACCUAAUCGCCACACCGUUUUUGUUCACCAGUAACAACUACACCGCCGCGACGACGACCGUGUGUUGUGUUUUCGCAUGAUAUCGUAACGUGUAUUGUUUUCGAUUACAUAACGAUCCGUAGCCCGCGCUCACGCGCGCGCGCGCCAUUCGCUCAAUCAUUUUUUCUCCACCCGUUUUACGGUUCGCCAAAAUGGUGACCAAAUCGUUGAACGGACCCAGUUUCACGAUCAACCACAUCCUGGGCCGCUUGGACGUGGACGACGAGCGUGACGCCGACAUCAAGAGCCCUGGGCCGUCGACUUCGCGUUCGUACACCACCGGCAGCGAGGCCAGUGACUGCAGUGGCGACGACUGCCUGUGCGCCCCCGUCGACUACAGCACGCGGCCCGGAAACAGCCCGUCCCCGCCGUCCGCGGGCGACCAUCAUCAUCAUCAUCAUCACCACCAUCACCACCAUCAACACCAUAAUCACCGCCGGCCGUCGUCUCCCACCGCGGUCGACAAGAAACCGCCGUCGGCCGACGAUGACGACGACGACGACGACGACGACGUGGAAGACACCACCGCGGACGACCGCGUCGACGACGAUACCGCCAAAAACGGCGACGCAAAGAUAACAGCGACGGGUGAGCGCACCGAGGACGCGAAGAAAGAACCGGUGGUGGACGACAAGAACAAGAAACCUAACUACAGUUACAACGCGCUCAUCAUGAUGGCCAUAUCGGAAAGCCCGCAGAAGCGACUCACGCUCAGCGGCAUCUACGAGUACAUCAUGAACAAGUUCCCGUUCUACCGGAUGAACACGCCCGCGUGGCAGAACAGCAUCCGGCACAACCUGUCGCUGAACAAGUGCUUCGUCAAGAUACCGCGGAGCUUCGACGACCCCGGCAAGGGGAACUACUGGAUGAUCGACCCGAACAGCAGCGACGUGUACAUCGGCGGCACCACCGGUAAGCUGCGCCGUCGGUCCACGCAAUCGUCCCGGCACCGCAUCGCGUACCGGCCGCCCAUGCCGCCGCAUCACGUCGUUAUGCCACACUCACCGCACCACCCCCAUCAUCACCAUCAUCCGCACAUGGCGGCAGCUGCCGCCGCGGCGGCCGCGGCCGCUUUCUACCAUCAUCGCGGCGGCGUGCCGCCUCACCACCCCGCAGCGGCUGCGGCCGGCUGGCCCGGCGUGGCCGAUUACCCGUCCGCCGCGGCGAAUUUCGACUACCUGCACCAGUACUUCUGGCCGCCCGCAUCUUCGUCCGCCUACCAGCAGCAGCCCUCACCACCGUCACCGCCCACCUCUACCGGGUACUCCAUCAGCCAGCUGCUCAGGCCCACGCUCCAGGUGCCGCCCAAGAGGCCCACGGCUGUCAUGCACCCGGCCGCUGCAGCCGCGACCGCGGGUGCCCUGCUGCAAGCGUCCAUGUCAAGACACCAGUAGCAGUAAGAGAAGUAAUGUUUGCGCGUGAGAGAAUAGUCGCAUCCUCCUCCUCCCACAACCCCGUUGUUAGUUACCUUAAAUAGUAUGAAUUGUACAAAAAAAAUUAUUGCGAAAAUGUUUGUCCGAGGGUGAUCGAAGAAAAUCCUGUAUAUUAAUUUAUUUUUUAUUUUCUUCUUCUAUCGUCACACGCGCGGCUUAGUUGAUCUCUCGAAAAACUAUUAUUAUUAUUAUUAUUAUUAUUAUUAUUAUCAUUAUCAUUAUUAUUAUCAUUAUAGUUUCCAUCUUCGUGCGAUGGUGCAUUGUUUAUAUUAUUGUGUUAAUAUAAUUAUUUCUUUAUUUCGUUAAAACUGUAUAAAAUAGUAUAUAAUAUGCACCGAGAUAACCUAACCUGUGGUCGUUAUAAGUGUAAUCUCCUCAUCAUCCUCAUAAAAUAAUAUUGUAUCCGACACUGUGUACGAAAUAAUUUGUUCUAGUCACUCGAGACCGGCCUGAUAAAAUAAAAAAAAGCGUGUUUACGUUCUUUAAAAACAUCAUGUGUACGCAUCUAGUACAUCGGUUUACGACACGAGUAGGUACGUUAGGUAUAAUAUUUAGUGUAAUAUCGUUUUACGAUGUUAUUCGCGUGGUUCAAUAUGUUUCCUAUAAUUAUAAUAAUUAAAAUGUUAACUACGUGUUUGUGUGUGUGUGUG